AUGUCCAACCUACGCCAUGGCCUGCAGCAGACCCUCUGCUUGCGCCAGCUGACAAAAGGCCAGCUACUGAAGCCGCAAUGGCAACGGCUUGGACCGCAGUUCGGCACCAAGAGCAUGUCGACGAGCCAACCCGAGGCCGGCUCGAACCUCACUGCGCCCCCCGAGCAACCCUUCCGCGGCAUCAAGACCGCUCGCCCCUUGCCCGUCUCGCCUUCAUACUUCUCGAGAGAGCCUCGCUUUAAUGAUGCCUACAUCAAGCUGUCUACCAUGUUGCAGCGAUACCAGCACCUCCCGACGGCACCACCCGAGCUGGUUCCGCGACAAUUAUGGAAGAACUUGAAGGGCUACCGGCAAAGUACCGGAGAGCCAGUGAAGGCGAUGCCCUACAGCCAGGUCCUGGCCAUGGUCAAGCGGUUACACUCCAUCUGGCCCAAGAUGAUGCCCGGCGAGGUUAAGGAGGCCCUGCAAGAGUUCAAGCGCGACAUCGACCCAUACAAGAACGUGGCAAAGCCCGCGCCCCUCGACAGGUUCGGACGCGCGUUGGGCGUCGGCAGGAGAAAGACGUCGAGCGCGCGCGCCUGGGUCGUCGAAGGCACAGGAGAGGUGCUGGUCAACGGCAAGCCCCUGAACGAGAUGUUUGGCAGGAUCCAUGAUCGUGAGAGCGCCGUCUGGGCACUGCGGAGCACGGGGAGGACGGACAAGUACAACGUCUGGGCGCUCGUCGAAGGCGGCGGAGUCACGGGGCAGGCCGAGGCCCUCACAUUAGCUGUCGCCAAAGCCAUGCUGGUCCACGAGCCUGCUCUGAGGCCGAUAUUGAGAAAGGCUGGCUGCAUCACGCGCGACCCGAGAAACGUGGAGAGAAAGAAGCAUGGCCACGUCAAGGCCAGAAAGAUGCCUGCUUGGGUCAAGAGAUAG